CGCCACCUUCAUGACCAGCGUCUCUUUCCUGUCCAUCUUCUGAACUCUGAUUGUUGGAUUCUUCUGGAUUUAUCGGUAUGUCCUGAAAUGGAAGCUGCUGCGACUCAGAGAAGAAGAUCGUCUUCGUCGGCAAAGAGAAAGCCAUUUUCCGAUACGACCAACCUGGUCCCCAUCUCCACCGUCCUUCGCAACCUCUCGUCGUCCCUCUCUUUCGCCCCAAAUCCAAAUCCUAAUUCCAAGCCGUACCACGUCUCUGAAAACAAGUCAGAGACCAUCAAUUCUUCCAAAUCCAACACCAGCAUCGGAUCAUCUAACUACGACCAUGAAUUCAGUGCUCCAAACCCUAGAACCGUUCCUCAAUCACGACCUUCAACCCGUCGGCGCCUUUCCCUGCUUACUGAUCGAGACAAUGAGAGAGAAGAUGCACAUGAGCCUCUUGUAGUCUACAGUAAAAAACGGACUGCAGAGAAAACAAAGGAUAAGGGAAAGGAAGUUACGCCUUUUUCUUGUCCCUCUCUCAAGAAAACAAAGGAUAAUGCCGUGGAAGAUGCUGUGCCUUUUACUUGCCCUCCACUCAAGAAAGGAAAGGAUAACGGGAAGGCAGUUGUAUUGCCUCCUAGUUUUACCCAUCCUGGAAAGGAUAGUGGAAAAGCUACUUUUGUGCAUACCAGUACCCCUUCUCCCGUGAGUAAAAGAAACAGAAGGAAAGAAAAUGUUGUGCCUCUUAGCUGCCCUCUUCCGCAAAGGAACAGGAAGAUAUGGAAAAAAUUCAACAACACGGGAGAUGGUGGUUUAUCCAAAUCGUGCCUAGUUCCCCAUCCAAAGAAUAAAAAGAAGAGGCAUAGCUCUUCACAGGAGAAAGAUUUUUCACAUCCUUUGCCGAAAGAAUUUGUUGAGAAGCAGAGAGCUUACUUUCAAGAGGUUGAUAAGUUUGAACUUCCAGAGGAGGAGGUAUCAGAAAGUGAGUUGGAUAGAGACUAGAGAGAUAUUACAUCAAUAUAUGCAGUGGGCACAUCCUAACCAGACCCUUCUCUGUUUAGUGACAAGAAUACAUUUCAUGAAUAUGGUACCUUUCACCUCCUGCCAUUGGUUGUAGAAAUGUAAGCCUUUGUAAUUUUUCCCCCCAAUUCCACUUUGGAAUCAUGCUAGGUAUAGAUAUUGUUCUUCAAUGGAGCACGGGCAUUCCACAAGCAUGUCAGCGCUCUCACGUCUUCCUUGUUACCGUGGUCAGUGACAUGGUUAUGGGAUUAUAAUGUAGCAUGAGCUUCUGUAAAAGACUAGCUAACAUUUUUGUGAUGAAUGGCAUAAUGUAAAGUUGUUGCAUUAUCCCUGCCAGUUGGUGCAACUAUUUGUAUACCAAUUUUAAAUGAGCCACAUUAGCAAGGUAAGCAUCUGGUUCUGAAGGACCCUUCCUCGAUUCUAACUGACUCUUCCCUGACUCUUGCAAAUCAGGUCUUAAAGCGCCUAUACCGACAAGGCCUUUUAAGCGGUAUGCGCCUAUAAAGACCAACUCAGUCCAUUGUGGUGAGACACAGAGCAUCAAGGUGCAAAUAUAUAUUAUAUUUAUCAGUCCAUCUCCCCCUUUGAUUUCCCUCUCCCAUCUCUGAUCUCUCUCACUCGAAUCCGUCUUCUCUUUCUUUCUUUGGAGUAAAAUAGAUUUAUCUAACUAUCUAUACUAUAUAUAAUGUGUUCAUUCACUGCUCAGUGACGAUAUUACCCAGCAAGGCGAUGCAAAUUUUGUGUCCAAUCUUUUUGUGGCUUUGGCUUUAGCUGUUCUUUCUCUUUUGUGGUAAUGUCUUCG